AUGGCAAAUAAGCUUACUGACUUAUUCUCCAGCGUCCAACGACACUCAAAACAACCUUGGGAUCUAGGGGGAACGAAGCCACCAUCACCAAAAGCUAAUCCCAAAUUUUGGAUUAGAGAUGAUAAGGCCACAACUCUUCGGCAAGGGGAAUCGUUCUCCCUAAUAAUCGAACGGGAAGACUUUUCGAAGUCAAGAGGCAAUUAUGUCGAGAUCAGCGUACAUAAAGUACACUGGGAUGUAGAAGGCCUCGAGUCGACGCAUCUCGUGGAGGGUUGGGAUGGCCUGCUCGUAGGAAAUAAGCGUCUGUUUUGGAAUGGGAACCGUUCUUUGAAAUUCAAUGAGCUCUCUAUUCAGAGUCCUGGAGACUUCCAUAUCAGAGUGGCCGCUGCAGACUAUAGAGGUCCGUUAGACAACGCUAUAGUUGCCGACUUUUACAGCGAAGUCAUCCAUAGAAGAUAAUGACAAUUGGGCUCAGGCCUAUAUAUACCUAACCCAGUAAGACUGGGACGCAUAAGGGAUAGAUCUAUUGAGAUAGCAACAAGGAGCUUCGAGGGCUAAGUGCCAAUAAAUCACCAUACUACACACUUGUUGCUGCCUCUAGUAUUCAUGAUACACAUCGCACCAUCGUGCUGACAUGAUACCUAAUACAGAUUUUCCGCCGCUCUCCCAAACCACCAAGACUUUCCGUAGCCCCCGCUCACCGCUUAGUGAGAUCCAGCCAUCAACUACUCAA